GUCUGCUUUAAACUUACAAUUUAUAGAAUAGGAGCAUGAAAUUAAUGAAAAUGAAGCUUUUGUGCAUCACGAUAACGAUGUUUUUUGCGACAGCAUUGUCAAUGGAAGAGAAAAGUUCUGCUGCCUUGUUUCGUGAUGUCUUCAAAUUUUUGGAAGAGAAAAACGAAUUGAGUGAGUUAUUCGAUAUGGAGGAUGACGAGAUAAGAGACGGAGUCUUGCAACUGUUUCGAGAUCACGGAUUCGAUGAGUCCGAUCUCAUGGCGGAUGGGUUUUUCGGUGGUAUCUGGAAUAUGUUUUUUUCGGGCAGUAAAAGUACCUUUCAAGCAGUCCAACUAGCAAAAACACUCGGCUGUUAUCAGGGAAAAAGCGGUUUAAUAAGAACAGUAAGAUUUGCAUUGAAAAAAUAUAACGAGUACGGAUGUUAUUGCGGAGGAGGUCAAUCACAUGGUAAACCACUGGAUGAUACCGACAGGUGUUGUAAACUCCACGACGAAUGCUAUGAAAGAACUAUGAAAAAAUUCAAUAUCAACGAAGGAUGUGACACAUACACGACACAGUACAAAACAACAUGCUGCAAAAGUCAGAAAAUAACAAAAUGUGGAGAUGCAGGCCCAAGUGCCGGACGCGGUUUCUGCGACUGUGACCAGGCUAUGGCAGUGUGUGUUUCUAAAUCUAAAGCUUUAAUACAGUAUAGACGGACUCUGAAAAAUGCCCGAAAACGGAAAGAAUGCCGAGUUCCCGGAAAGAAAACGACCCAUGCUUCACGAUUCUGGGGACUGCUCAAAACCUGCAAAAACAUAAGAAGACGCCGCAAGCUACCGACAGAAUAUCUGGGACAAGGCAAAUGCCCCCAAUCAGCAAGACGCAGACGGAGGUCUAGAUGGUGGUAAAUUCGUAUUUUACUGCGAAACAUUUGUAUCUUUAUAGACACUUGUUUGGCAAACAGAAACUGCUUAUGUUAAUAUUACUCAAGAGUUUUACGUCACUUAUCCUCGAAAACCACAGGAUAAUAAUGAGGAAGAGAGAAAGCGAGAGAAAGAAAAGAAUAAAUACCAAAAACGAAAAUUUCGUCGUCAGACAUCCAUUAUAGUUGGUAUUAGAGGGGUAUUAUUAGGUAAUUUGGCAAUUACAACUUGAACCCCAACGUCAAGUUGUGACUUUCUCAAAAGUUUUAGCGGAAAUUUUUUAUUUCUACUUUCCUGAAUCUAUGUAAAUUAAAAUGACUUUAUUCAUUG